CAUACAACCUAUGCAGCUCUUGCUCUUCCAUCAACGAGACAAUGUGAAAUCUACCCGUUCUACUUAUUCCAAUAUAGAGACUGGAAACCCAUAAAAAUUAAAAUCCCACUACCACAAGCAAAAGUAGAAACUAAUGGCGGUUGCUGCCUACUCUCAACAGAGCUUCGUCACAAAUGCCCUAAUAACUUCAAACCCCAAACCCCAAAACAAGAAGUUGAAUUCAUUGUCAGUAAUCUCAUGUCGAUCCUCCACAGAUGAAUCCCAUGACCCAUCAAGGAAAAAUGAGAUGAGGUUGGCGAAGCUAGCAAUUGUUACACUUGCAGCUGGUGUUUUGACGCUUGGAGCAGUUGACGGAGCAUCGGCGGCGAAGACAGGGGGUAGAGUCGGUGGCCAGGCUUUCCGGUCAGCUCCUCGGGCCUCGGCACCAAGGGGGAACAAUUCAAGGACCAACAUUUACAUCAAUCCACCACUGGCUCCACCUCUUGUUGGUGGAUAUGGAUAUGGUGUGCCAUUCUAUGGUGGAUGGGGGUGGUCGCCAUUUUCAUUCUUUGUACCAGGUCCCAGCGUUGCAAUAGGAGUUGGAGGAGGAUUUGAUGUACUGGUGUUUUUUAUGUUUCUUGGUGCUGUUGCUGCCAUUUUCAGGAGAUUCACUGGACCAAGGAACGAAGACGAUGACUACGAAUGACAUACACUCUGCAGAUAAUGUAUAAUCAAAUAUUUGCAUUUUUCAUUGAACCAGUGAAAGUUAUGAAACAAUAUUAUUGUCAUACACUUGUAUAUUAGAACUGUAUAAAAGCUUGUCUUAGUGCAAA